AUCGACAGGGUGCCUACAAAAUGGCUCCAAAUUCAUCGGGAAAUGUGGUCGACACAGCCAAUGAAUCGCCUGUCCGAAUCGAAAUGAAUGAUCUUGACGAAACUCUCCCACCAUGUCGUGAAUGUGAGAGACAUUUCUUCGCUCGUAACAGCACUUUCAACGUGUUUGAUGCAGCGGUUGUUCUAAUUUCUAUGCUCACAUUUGCUGCGGACAUUGUGACAGAUGGUCUCGCCGCAAGCCAGUAUUUCAUUCAUGGGGAGCCAGGUUGGGGAUGUCUGACGCUCGGCUUCACUCUAGCGCCCUCUAUCAUCAUGCAAGUGUUUAGCAUCCGCUGGUACCUGGCAGAUGAAGAUAUGACGCGGUGGAGGUGGAUCUUCCACAGUUGCCUUCUUGGACCGUUAGAGAGAUACGUCACAGUCUUUGAGACGGGACUGGAGGCACGACGGAGUAAAGACCCAAUAGACUUCGAACGUUUACAUCAUCAGCAGAGUGAUGUGAGCAUGCUCCGUCUGUUUGAAGCCUUCUUGGAGUCCGCCCCACAAAUUGUUCUUCAACUCUACAUUAUGGUCGCCACCAACGAUGAGAACUUGUUUACAGGCGUAUCAGGCAUGGUGUCACUUUUCUCCCUCUGUUGGGCUGUGGUGGCGUACAGUCGCGCCCAUCGCCGUGUCCGCACAGACAAGAAAGUCGUGUCGUGGCCAGGUGUCGUCUUGCAGACGAUAUGGCGCAUUGGAAUGAUCUCAUCACGAGUUGUCGCUUUAGUUCUGUUCGCAUCUGCCUUCAAGGCCUACACCUUCAUAGUUGUUGGUAUCCACUGGCUCGUCAUGGUUCUCUGGGUAUUCCUUCAGAAGACGGACUUCUGCGACACAUGGCUUGAAGAGCGCCUCUUCAACAGCGUCAUUGGCACCAUCUACGUCUUCUGUUUCUUCAACCUGAAGGAGGGCAACACGAGGUACCGCAUCAGCAUCUUCUACAUCGUCGUGGCCAUCGAGAAUGUCGUCCUCCUCCUUCUGUGGCACCGAUUUGGCAUGCUAGACGACUGGUAUACAUCAGUGGGGUUUACUAUCGUGUUUGGUGGCUUCCUCAUAGGGACAGUUACAAUGGUCUUGUACUACCGCUUCUUCCAUCCAAGGGGAGCCAUAUCACUCUGCGGAAAAUCAAAACAUGACAUCGGGAAAGCCUGCCGCCAUGGUAAGUCAAAUCGUCUCUCGUUACAUCACGGGAACGUUGAUGCAGAAAUCUUCCAUCGCUCCAGGACCCCUUCCCCACAGAAAUCACCUGCAGGUGCAGAUUCCGACAGGGGUGUGGACAACCAGGGUUUAGUUAGGGCGGCACCCCCCUGUAAUUACUCACCACUGAAAGGAGAUCCACACUCUGUGGACGGGCGAGUAGCGCCCUCGCACAGGAGUAAAAGCUUAGGGUGUUUGUUCGCAAGUGAGAGUGAAUGCGAGGGUAGCAACACACUGAGGGGAAAUACAAAGUCGUUGGAGUGGUUAGAAGAAGCAGGGUUGCAAACAACUCCUGCCCAUCUGAACUCCGAGUACAUGGACUCUCCUGGGGUGUGCACUUGUAGUUUUCAGGCUUACGAACUUUCAGGGUUCGCUACCGAGUUAGUCGAUAGGUUUGACAAGCGUAAAGACAUGAUGCUGGCCCAGUCUCUGCUUGCAGACGAGUCCAGAAUGAGUCUGUACUCUGCUGCCGGUAAACAAGGCACGCCAUGUAAAGCUUGCUUAGAUUUCAAUCUCAGUCGAGUGAGUCAAAUGAAUAAUUCCUCUCGUCAGAGAUGGCGCUCUUUCUCGCAACCAAACCUGCCAUCAACCGCUAAGGAAACUCGGCAUGGUGCGAAUCCAAAAAGCUCAGUUCGCUUUAACGAUAGCGCUGGCAAUCAGAUUCAAGCUGUGUGUCAGAAGGCACCCAAGGCCGAGACAGAAACUCUAGAAAUAAGCCAGGUUUCAUGUGAUCUUCCCGAGCUGCCACAAUACAUUGAUUCUCCUGAUAUGACAGGAGCAAUGAACGCAUUUGAGGUUCAACAGAUCUACGAUCAAAUACUCGGGAGGGAGCCAUUGCAGCGUGUUUCAAAGCGGCAGUUAAACUUUGGUGAAGUUACCAGCAACUUGGACUCGGAAGAUGUUCAGAAACACUCGGGGCAUUCUCAGGUGAUUCGAAAAACCUUCGACAAAAAAGGGGUCAAUGUCCAAGAUGAUGCGGAAAUAUCCGGGUCAAAUAUCCCACAAUGUCCACCCUGCAUGUCUGAACCUUUCAAGAAACCCACAACCCCCAAGAACAACACAAACGAGCCAGUACACAGUAAUUUUGACUUAAAGCCAACUCAGUUUACUCCGACUAAGAGUGAAAGAUAUGACAACCAUUCCUCUACUGACAUCGCGCAGCCCUCUACAGAAAGCAAAAGUCCUGGAACGAACCAAAAGCAAGCAGUUUGGGAAACACCUGUUUUGGCAAGCAAUCCUUCCAAAUGCAGUCCAGGCACCUCUGAUACUGGCAAUCCAGGCACCUCUGAUACUGGCAAUCUAGGUACCUCUGAUACAGGCAAUCUAGGUACCUCUGAUACAGGCAAUCCAGGCACCUCUGAUAAAUGCAAUCCAGGCACCUGUGAAACAGGCAAUUAUGCUAACCUGAAUUCCCAGGCACACGGAAAGGAUCUUGCCAAGUGUUCAUCAUUAAGAAAAGUUAGGGAUGGUUCAAUAUCAGGUUCAGAACAAACAGAGCCCCAACCAUCAAAGGCAGCUUUGAAGCCAGGUUGCGCUCUGAGUGUAGUGGUUCCUUUGCACCUGCAAGGGGAAUCCACAAUUAACCCUGACCACAAACCCAAAUUGGCUCUCACUCCAGCUCUGGGGAGUUCAGAGUCAGUGAACUUGCAAGAAAUCACCAGAAAUACAAUGACAAGUUCCAGCAACCCCCUUCAUCCCUCGGCUAAAAUAUCUGCCACAACACCUCAACCAGUCAGUCCUGCCAAAUAUCUUCUGGCAGUCAGAACAGGCAAUGGUAAAAACAGAGAUGCGAGAUUGGAAGAGAAACACAGCUCUCAAGCUGUCCUCGAUGCCAGCCCAAGAAAAAGUCAACUCACUACCCCCUUGACCCCAUCCAAAUCCCCAGGACCUCUGACCCAAAGUGAUGGUGGGGAUUACAAAUCAAACAGCAGAACACAAAACAAACAUGACACACUAGCUUUGGAAAAUCAAAAGCGCCCCCUAAACCCCAUGAUAAAUACCGCCAACACGCCCAGUCCCGGCUCAAAGAUCUUAACGCCAAGACGGCUUGAGACAGAGCCUAAGACUUCCAUUCUUACAACUCCACAUAAAUCAACAGAUAGGGUGACAGUGGGUCCUCGUGGGAAGGAAAAUAAGCAACUGACUCCCUUGAGUGCUAGACUAGCCCUGCUGAGCCCCUCCUCUGCCGUCAGCCCAGCCCCUCAAAAGAAACCUCCCAGGAAAUCUCUUGGUAGGAUCCCCACAAAUAAGGUUGCUGAAAAUGUUGCUUUGUUCGGUAAAUAAGAGCUUGUCAAGCCCACUAAGGUUUUUAGUGCCAUCAUAUUUGUAAAAUAAUUGGAAAUGGGGGCAUGUCCAGAAAGCCUAAUAAGCUUGUGGUUGAUAUGCCAAGGCAAUCAGACAUUAACAACUAACAAGUACAAGUACAUAAAUGUACAUUGUGAGUUUGUUUGAUAUAUUAUUGGCUGAAAUUGACAGGAAAAUAAAUAUUAAUGUCAUUAAGACUCACAUUUUUAUUCUUAGCAAUUAUCACACCAUUUGGUGUCUCACGCACUCAGUAUUUUCUUGACAUUAUGUAUGCAGCGCUUUUUUAGAAUUUACCAGGCAAUGCGGUGCAAGCAUUCUUAUAAGAGUUGAAACCCCAAAUUUCCAGAACAACCCCAACUCAUUAAGAG